CAUAUAAAACCGUUGUUAUCAAUCAUUCCUAUACAAUGGAGUGAAGUGAAGCCAAGCAGCUCUCCUCUGUCUCUAAAAUCUUAAUCUUCAAUUUUGCAUUUUUUAUAAUAAUUUAUUCAUUUUAAUAUUUAAAACAAAAGCUUAACCUUUCUCUCUCUUCAAUCUUCACUUUUUUUUUUCUUGUGUGAACAAAAAAAAGGGAACAUCCAAAGUCUGCCGCGUUUCAGAAAGCUUUGAGAGUGUGGAUCGCUAGAAAGGAAGAAGAAAAGCCCUAAUUAUUCUUUGAAUUUUAGCUUCUGCAUUCGCAAUUUUUACAGUUAUACCUUCCGUCGGUUUUGUACUCUUUUGAUGGUGGUAAAAUCAUUGGGAGUGGCAUUUGGCGUAAAUAAGUGAUGAAGUUAUAGGGGGAGUCGCGGCGGUUGCUUUUGUUGUUGUUGAGUCCGUGAUGGGCGUAGCUAAGGCGUAGUUUAGCGUGAUGUCGGACAAACUGGCGCUGUUACAGCAUCCAGGCGGCAGCCUUUUAAGCCACAAGCAUGAGUGUUGUAAGUGGCGAUCGUCUGCGGCGCAGCCGAGGAAGCCGAUCUCAUGGUCGCUCAUCUGCGGCUUGAUGCUUUUCUGCUUAGGCAUGAUCUCGCUCUUCACCGGACAUGUGGCAUCUGAUCUCGAGUGGUACUCCCAGCGACUUAUGAAACGAAGAUCCUAUUUCAAAUUGGAGGGAAUUAAUAAAGGACCGAUUGAUAUAUGGCAAUCUGAUUAUGCAAAAUACUUCUAUGGAUGCAGCAAAAGAAGUCGUAAUUUUCCUCUUGCUAUACGUGCGCGAUCAUCAAAUGGUUAUUUGCUUAUUGCAGCAAGUGGAGGAUUGAAUCAACAGAGAACAGGAAUAUCAGAUGCUGUAGUUGUUGCACGGAUUCUGAAUGCAACCUUAGUCAUACCUGAAUUGGAUCAUCGUUCGUAUUGGAAGGAUGAUAGUGACUUUGCUAACAUUUUCGAUGUCAACUGGUUCAUUUCUUACCUUGCAAAAGAUGUUACUAUUGUCAGAAGAGUUCCUGAUAAAUUCAUGCGAUCAAUGGAUAAACCUCCGUACACAAUGCGUGUCCCGAGGAAAUCCCCUCCAGAAUAUUAUCUAGAUCAAGUUCUGCCAAUACUUCAAAGAAGAUCUGUCCUACAACUGACAAAGUUUGAUUACAGACUGGCCAACAACAUCGACGAUGAGCUACAAAAGUUGCGUUGCCGGGCUAAUUAUCAUGCUUUAAGAUUUACAAAACCUAUUCAAGAACUUGGGCAGAAACUUGUAACGAGAAUGCGUGCAAUGGCAAACCGUUUUAUUGCAGUCCAUUUGAGAUUUGAACCGGAUAUGCUUGCAUUUUCUGGUUGUUACUUUGGUGGCGGUGACAAGGAGAGGAAUGAGCUUGGAGAGAUACGAAGGAGAUGGGAAACAUUGACAGAUGUAGAUGCUGAUGAAGAGAGGAGGCGAGGUAGAUGUCCACUUACUCCUCAUGAAGUAGGAUUGAUGCUGAGGGCACUUGGUUUUGCAAAUGACUCGUACAUCUAUGUCGCAUCUGGAGAAAUAUAUGGUGGAGAAGAGACGCUUCGACCACUAAGAGAUCUCUUUCCCAACUUUUAUACGAAAGAGAUGCUUGCUAAUGAAGACCUAAAACCUUUUCUUCCAUUCUCUUCUCGCCUUGCUGCCAUUGACUACAUUGUUUGUGAUGAAAGUGAUGUUUUCGUCACCAAUAAUAAUGGAAAUAUGGCCAAGAUUCUUGCAGGUCGAAGGAGGUACAUGGGGCACAAGAGGACUAUAAGACCAAAUGCGAAGAGGUUUGGUCCUUUGAUGAUGGAAAGGGAUGAGAUGGAUUGGGAUACCUUCGCCAGAAAGGUGAAGGCAUUUCAAAAAGGAUUCAUGGGAGAGCCAGAUGAGAUGAGACCUGGACGUGGUGAAUUUCAUGAAUAUCCAUAUUCUUGUAUCUGUGAGAGGCCACUAAGUGAUGUUGUAGACAACAAAAGGGGAGAUCCUCGGUCAGAACAAGGAAAUCAAGGAUUGAGGGAGAGAAGCAAGGAAGAAGAGCCAGCUUUGGGAGCCAAGGAGAAUGAAGCCUAAGGGGAAAGGAGGAUGCUAAUGCUACAGGCUGAUUUAAUGACCAGAACAGGAGUUUUUUUCUAUUGAUUGACAAAGAUCCAUCUAACCUAGUGAUGCAUCUGCCCUGCCGACUUAAAUGUCAUCUCUUGUUAAGCCUGCAGAAAACUUGAUAGAACUUGAUGUUUGAGCCGAAAGCUCGGUAAGGGAAGCUUCUUUUGUUUCUUCUCAUUUCUCUGUUUGAAUCCAUGAAGAAAAAACAAAUUUGUACAGAGAAAGGGAAGAUUUCACGAAAAUGCAACUUUUGAUUUAUAUAUAUAUAUAUGAUAAGUUUUGGUUAGGUAAAACACUAAAAUAGGUAUUGUAGCUAGUAAACUGUUAUGAUGAAAGUACGAUGGGUGAGCUUGCUGUGCUAGGUGGGCUAUGUUGAUUCUAGUGUUAAUGAUCAAAUUCAUUCACUAAUA